UAAGCUGACAGUUUAUGCAGGUACAGGAUGCGGAAAUCAGCUGUCUGCUAGCAAAACGGUGGAGGAAAACGCUGCUCAGUGUGUGGGUAAAUCAUUACAGGUGGUCUGAAGAUGAAGCUUGCAAUACUUGGAGCUACAGGACUGACUGGGAAGCAGCUGGUAAACCAAGCGCUCAAGCAGGGCCACGUUAUAACAGCCGUAGUGAGGAAUCCUUCCAAACUGACAAUAAACCAUGAGAACCUUAAGGUGGUGGAAGGAAAUAUCUUCUCUGAAGACAGUCUGAAGCCACACUUCACAGGACAUGAUGCUGUUAUGUCUUGUCUUGGGUUCCCACCAUCUUUUUUCUCUGGAGUCACCGGCUACACUCGGUCUAUGACAGCAACUCUCAAUGCAAUGCGAGAGGUCAAAGUGAAUCGAAUCAUUGCCAUGACAUCAUGGUAUACAGAUCCUAAUUCAGGGACCAGAGCUUCAUUUUGUAUCCGCUUCAUGCUCUUGCCAGUAAUUCGGAAUAUUCUAAGCAAUAUGUAUGAGAUGGAGAAGCUUUUGGAGAAGACUGAGGACAUUGACUGGACUGUAGUCAGGCCGCCUGGGCUGCAGAAUACUCCAGUUACAGACAAAGAAUUCCUGACCCAUGAAGGUUACUAUGUGCCUGAUGAGAACGACUAUCCUCUAGGCCAUUCUGUAUCAAGAUCAGAUGUGGCUCGCUUCAUGUUGUCUCUGCUUAGCGACAACACCUGGACAAAGAAAGCAGUUGCUAUCACUACCAAUUGAUCUCACACGCAUUAAGAAGGCAAGAAAUUGGAGUAAUUAACUUUUGACAAGGCACCUGUUAAUUGAAAAGCAUUCCAGGUGACGACCUCAUGAAGCUGGUUAAGAUAAUGCCAAUAGUAUGUGAAGCAUUGAAACAUCUAACAAGCAUCAUCAAGGUAAACAGUGGAUACUUUUGAAGAAUCUGAAAUAUGAAACAUUUUUUUAACACUUUUUAUUUACCAUAUAAUUCCAUAUAUGUUCCAUGUGUUAUUUCAUUGUUUUGAUGUCUUCAGUAUUGUUCUGCAAUGUAGAAAAUAGUCAAAGUACAGAAAAACCUAUGAAUGAGGAGGGGUAUACAAACUUUUGACUGGUACUGUAUCUUCCAGGCCAUCCAUCACACAAUUAAUAAAUCAGGUGGAUCAGUAUUUCUAGCAGUAUCUGUUCAAUUUAAUGUUGGAAUUGGCAAAAUAUUUCAGUAAGUAACUUUGUGACACUAAUGCAUCAUUUUGAGCACCAGUUUAGUAGCAGAAAAAGCAUCUCCAGUGGGCAAAGCUCAUGAGCCCACAGAGCAGUUUUUUUUUUUUUUUUUUUUUUGGGGGGGGGCUUUUUCCACCUUUAUUGGAUAGGACAGUGUAGAGACAGGAAAUGAGCAGGAGAGAGAUCAGGAAAUGACCUUGGGUCGGAAUUGAACCCAGGUCCCUGAAUUUAUGGUAUGGCACCUUAUCCACCUGAGCCACGAUGCCCCACAGAGCAGUUCUUGUGUGUGAAUGGUACAGGGUGGUGGUAACAAUGUAAUGGUAUGGGAUGUUGGGGCUUCUAACACCAACUUAAAAAAAAAAAAUCAAUAUCGAGGCACAUUUUUGCCCAGUAUCCCUCCAGAUGGUGUUACCCAGUGAACAACUCAGUGUUGUAUGUGAACAGAAUAAUCUGUCUUAAGUGGGACACGCAUCAUUCUGUCCACAAAAUUGGCUGCAACUUAUAUAAACUAGACAAUUGGGCUUUCUCCACCUUUGGAAUCCGUUCCUGUUCUCAGCUUUGUUAAUCUGCGCUUUCUGUAUUGUUUGUCUUCUUUCUUCUUCUCAGGGAUAGGCUGGUAGAGGCAUGAAGAGGUGUUCAGUUAAGGAGUCUGGGAGGUGACAUUGGCCCAUGCAGGAAACUCAUUCAAAUGGAACAUUGCAGCACCCCAAGUUUGGACAGCAAAGUUAAUGCAGACAACUCCCAGAAGGUUCAGUACAAGUCCAGGCCUUAUAAGGAAGGACCUGAAGCGAGCAGUUCAUGUGAGGAAACCCACCAACAUCCCAGAGUUGAAGCUGUUCUGUACGGAGGAAUGGGCUAAAAUUCCUCCAAGCCGGUGUGCAGGACUGAUCAACAGUUACUGGAAACAUUUAGUUGCAGUUAUUGCUGCACAAGGGGGUCACGCCAGAUACUGAAAGCAAAGGUUCACAUACUUUUGCCACUCAUAGAUAUGUAAUAUUGGAUAAUUUUCCUUAAUAAAUAAAUGACCAAGUAUAA